UCGAAAGGGUUCGCUUAGCCACCCACAAUUGUCGAAUUCGAGCUGCAUCUUCCACAAGCCCAUCGACGCAAGUUCACACAGCCAACACAGGCAAACACACCAGUCGCUAUGGCUAAGUCAAAGAACUCGUCUCAGCACAACCAGUCGAAGAAGAACCACAAGAACGGUAUCAAGAAGCCAAAGACGAACCGAUACCCCUCGCUCAAGGGAACGGACCCUAAAUUCCGAAGAAACCAUAGGCAUGCUCUUCAUGGCACUAUGAGGGCACUGAAGGAGGUCAAGGAGGGCAAGCGCGACUCGGCAUGAGAGGGCGGGUGAGCACGAAUGGCGGGGCGGCUUUUCAAAUUCCACGAUGCGACAUUUUGCUGGCGUCAAUGGCAUACGGACUUGUAUGACGGCAUUCGGCCCCGAGCCGAAGAUAUCGGGAAGCGGAUUCCAACACAAUAUAGGUAUGAGUGUGGGAAUGAAUAAGCCGAAAAGUCCAAAGGUUCUGGGCCUGUGAUUGUAUUUGUUUCCGGUGAGAUCUAAGACGUUGGCAAUACAGCGUUGCCAAAUUUUUCAUGGCUGGCUGUGAUUUUAACGAUUCUCUGAGACUGAGGGCUGUUCCUCAACACGGCAUUAGUGUGUACAGCACCGCGCUUCCCCCAUACGCGAAUGCUGAAGGAUAAUAUCUCGUGCCGAGAUCAACUACCCUAUCAUUACCAAACACUCUCCCUUCUCCCUCAUAAGGGUCCGGGUGCAUGGAGAUAGGGUUACAUAUUUAGCCUACAUGAGAGGCGUGUGUAGAUGAGUCGGAG